AUGGCCAACUUCCCAAAUGGGCAGGGGACUAACCAGAUAUGGCAGUUUUUACAAGCAUCAUAUACACACCAAGAUUUGCCUAUAUCCCCCAGUAUCACUUGCCAAGGCCAGUACUCUGUGAAAAACAACAAGAACACCUAUUCUGGGCACCCCUGUCAGUACCCAAGGGGCAUCCCAUGGAGAAGCAAUAUUUUGGGAUUUUUCGCAGUUAAUGGGGCUCUCAGAAUAUUUGUCAGCAUUCCAGCCAAUGAGAGUGCUCCAAAAUCCCUUUUGAGUGACCGGAGUCGUCGACAGGCCGGAAUUCCGGCCUGUCGACGACUCCGCUUCGGCAGUGGGCGCCUAACUGAGCGCUUAGUAAGCGAUAAAAGUGCAGCAAAAUCGGAUAAUAUUCCAGGAGAUAUGUGGAGCAUCUCUGAGCAUAUUGACAAAAUCAUCAAUGUGUUGGAAGCAAUGUACAUGGCCAUACAAGUUAUAUGGCAUGAAACUAUCAUAGACACUCUGAUUGAAGGUCAAUUGGUCAAAUGCCACCAAAUCAUGUCUGCAGAGCAAGUCCUUCAAAUCAUAGCCACUGGGGGUGAUAUAUUGGAUUGA